UGGCUGCUUAUUCAUAUGAAAGAAAUUACGCGGAUGUGGAUGUGGCUUUAUCAGAAGGAAUUUUUCAUUAACGAUUAAUCAUAGUUAUUAUUUCACUCAUUUUGGUGGUUUGAUAUCAUAUGGCAACGCCUGAGCUCUGCUUGAGUGAUAUGUGCGCCCUGUAGAAGAUUUAGCCACACCUACAGCUGAACAUGUCAGACAAUGGGGAAGUAGAAGACAAGCCACCAGCUCCACCCAUGAGAAACACAAGCACCAUGAUUGGCUCAUCAAGUAAAGACACAGGCCCCCUCAACCAUGGCUCCAAACCACUGCCUCCCAACCCGGAGGACAAGAGGCGGAAAGAGGGAUUCAUUCGAUCGAUACUCACUGGAGGAGGUGACAAGACCAAUAAAAAGAAGGAGCGGCCGGAGAUUUCUCUACCCUCGGACUUUGAGCACACCAUCCAUGUUGGCUUUGACGCUGUCACUGGAGAGUUCACUGGAAUGCCUGAGCAGUGGGCACGGUUACUACAGACAUCAAACAUCACCAAACUGGAGCAGAAGAAGAAUCCACAGGCGGUUCUUGACGUGCUUAAAUUCUAUGACUCUAAAGAAACGGCCAACAGCCAGAAAUACAUGAGCUUUACAGAUAAAGGUGCAGAUAACUACAGCUCUUCCAACGCAGUGAACUCCAAGACCGUUUGCGAGACGCCUGCCGUGGCAACCGUCUCCGAAGAUGAUGAUGAGGAUGAAGCCACGCCCCCACCUGUAAUCGCUCCCCGCCCCGAGCACACCAAAUCCAUCUAUACGCGCUCUGUGAUAGAACCACUUCCUCUGCCGCUCUCUACCAAAGAUGCCACCACAUCACCCACCACCAACACAGCCACUGACGGCGGCAGCCCAACACAGACACCUUCAACCACUUCCAACGCCACCACUGCCACUCCGUCCACUCCACAAAGCACAGACAAGACACGCAAGAAGAAGAUGACCGACGAGGAGAUACUCGAGAAACUGCGAAGUAUAGUCAGCGUGGGUGACCCCAAGAAGAAAUACACACAUUUUGAGAAGAUUGGUCAAGGAGCAUCUGGAACUGUCUACACAGCCAUAGACAUCGCCACGGGACAAGAGGUGGCCAUCAAACAAAUGAAUCUUCAGCAGCAGCCCAAGAAAGAGUUGAUCAUUAAUGAGAUCUUAGUCAUGAGGGAAAACAAAAACCCCAAUAUCGUCAAUUACCUGGACAGUUACCUAGUGGGGGACGAGCUCUGGGUGGUUAUGGAGUAUCUCGCAGGAGGCUCCCUAACAGACGUGGUCACGGAAACGUGUAUGGAUGAAGCGCAGAUAGCUGCAGUCUGUCGAGAAUGUCUACAAGCCUUGGAGUUUCUGCACUCAAGUCAGGUUAUUCACAGAGACAUCAAGAGUGAUAAUAUUCUCUUGGGCAUGGAUGGUUCAGUCAAACUGACUGAUUUCGGCUUCUGCGCUCAGAUCACUCCUGAACAGAGCAAGCGGAGCACCAUGGUGGGGACGCCCUACUGGAUGGCGCCGGAGGUUGUGACCCGCAAAGCAUAUGGACCCAAAGUGGACAUCUGGUCCCUGGGAAUCAUGGCUAUUGAGAUGAUAGAGGGCGAGCCACCGUACCUCAAUGAAAACCCUCUGAGGGCUCUGUAUCUCAUUGCCACCAAUGGAACGCCAGAGCUGCAGAAUCCUGAGAAACUUUCCUCUGUGUUCCGAGACUUCUUAAAUCAGUGUCUUGAGAUGGAUGUGGAGAAGAGAGGCUCAGCCAAAGUGCUUUUACAGCACCAGUUUCUAAAAGUGGCGAAGCCUUUGUCCAGUCUCACGCCACUGAUCGUAGCAGCUAAAGAGGCGGCAAAGAACAACCGCUAGCCUCCUAGGAGGACCACGGCCUCAACUCUCCUCUGUCCCACCCCCUAGAGUGCACGAACAUCUGUCUCUUGUGGGUGAGGUCUCACCCAACCCUUACCAUCUAGUUCUACUAUUAGGGUCAGAGGGGUGUCUGCGGUCACCAUUGAGGUCAGCAAAGAGCCUCUGAAUGAUGACAUCACUGGAAUUUAAGUACUUAUGGGUCCCAGUGUGUCAGACCCACAGGAUCAUGGGGUGCUUGCCCCUCUAUUUCACCGGCGAGAGUGGACCAUCCAAUCGCUGACUCUUUCUGGGUCUUUCUGUCUGUUUUUUUUAUGUUGUAUUUCAUUGCCUAUGUGUUUAAUGCCAGUUGGAUGGUGAAAACAUUGCAUUUUCAUGUCUGCUAUUGAAAGUGGUUUUGUUUUGGGCUUUAAGAUGUAUUGUUUGUGAGUGAGUGAGAGAAAGAGUGUGUGUAUGUGUGUUUGUGUUGGGCCAUUAGAUUGAUUGGCCAACUGCAAUCUCAUUGAACAAAAAGCCACAAAAAGGAGAAUAAAUCAGGUACGUAGCGGUACACUUUUUUGAUAUUGAAAAAUAAGGAUCUGUAAAAGACUGUUGAUGAUACACUAGAUAAAGGUACUUUGAAGGAUGCCUAUGCAUGAAGAGGCAGAACAUGUGUAGAUAAUAAAAAGUUCCAUUCUGUCCCAUUAUUUGCAGUACAAUGAUUUCCAUUAUCAAAAAGAAGAACCUAAUGAAUUUAAAGGAGCUUUAAUCAAAGUUCUUUUUAUGCUCCAUUAAUGUACCCUUUGGCCUUAAACUGUGACAGGAAUAGUACGAUGAUACGAGAAUGGCACAAACCACAGAGAUGCAAUUUGUCUUUAUUUUGAUUUGUUAAGUGGACUGAUGGGAUUUAUUGAGAAGAUCUUUCCUGUAAGCAAUCGUAAUCUGUCUAUGCGAGCCAUAAAUUGUUUAUAAGGCCUUUUGUGAAUUGAAAUUCUUAAUUGAAACGGGACAAAUAAACUUCAGAAUUUGUC